UUAAGUUAGCAUUUAUAACGAAGUGCACGCUCGCCACAAGACUUUCUUACCGUUACUUUGCUUUUUAGUUGUUACAUAUAUAGUUUAUGUAUAAAUGAUAAAAAUAUAUGAUGAUAAAUAAUUUGCAAUCUAAUAGAUCCUAACUACUCAGUCUCGUAGCUGCACAGAUAUUUCAUAUCCUUCCAAUUUCGUAAAAAAAAAAAAGAAGAAAAAAAUACACCGAAUUGCAGAAAAUUGAAAACGCAUAAUUCGAAAUAACGACCCGGGUUACCCUAGCGCCAGGGGAAGCUGUUGUUACAAAUAACCGGAGUAAAUAAACUGGCGUUUUAAUCAGAUCAACGGCGACGUUGAUAAGGGACGAGGCUGUAGAGAAGCAGCGCACCCCUUCGUUGGGAAAUCGGCCCUACCCAAUGCGCUAAUUCGCAAAGCAAACACCAAACAUCGGUAAAUCAAGCUCUCUUAGUUGGCAGUCAUUAACCAUCGAAGUGGUCAGCGGGUUGGUCAGUUGGAGACGCUCUGGACACGGUUAAGGAUGGUGCUUUAAAAGGACGGUGGGAUUGGUCGUGAUAUUGAGUUGUUUCGGGCAGAGUGAACUUAGGGGACUGAAUGGAAUUUCAUGGAAUUAACUUCCAUUGCUAUUAAACCUACGGCUUCUCACCAAGACCCGUCAAACUGUCCAGAAUCCGUCCACCAAGCAGUGACCAGCGUCGCUGACCACGAGCCAGAACCCCCCUCGACUGUCGCGGAGCGGCGUGGCAUGCACGAGGCCCUAGCUGUCAAUUUCGUCGAGCCAGGAUUACUGCGAACCGAAGAAGUCGAGACGUUUUUUAACCAUCUAGAUCGGCCCUCUCUCCCAGGGACGACCCCCCUCCCCCCUUUAGCUCACCUCCACCAGGACACCCCCUCCACCCCCUUCUCCUGUAGGGCAGCCGCCAUGUUUCAAAGCCCGGGCACCAUGUCUGCAAUGACGUCCCCUACGUACCACGAGACGGGCCAGAGCCCUUACAUUACCAACCCCGUCUACGUCCCCACGACGCGCGCCAUAUUGCCCGGACAGUACGGCUCGCCUCAAACCCCCGUGCAAGCACAGACGGGCCAACUCUGGUCCAUGCAGGACUCAGGAUACCCAGCGGCGGCCACCGUGUCGCACCGGUUCUCCUUUCCCCCGACGCCAAGCCCGCCAAUAAACUCCCCCGGAGGACGUCAGGACGCCAGCUACGUGCCUCGGAACGGAAUCAGCCCUUACACGCCGUACAUGAGUUCGCCAGAUUUAAAUCCUUGGAAUGCGUACAAUAUGGGGAAUAGCAUGCAGAUGAGGCGACCUGACGACGGGUAUUUCACGGAGGGGCGAGAGUGUGUCAACUGCGGCGCCAUCUCAACGCCACUCUGGCGUCGGGACGGCACGGGGCACUAUCUUUGCAAUGCCUGCGGACUCUACCACAAAAUGAACGGCAUGAACAGGCCCCUGAUCAAACCCCAGCGCCGCCUGUCGGCGUCGCGAAGAGUGGGCCUGUCUUGCGCCAACUGCCGUACUUCCACUACCACCCUCUGGCGGCGAAACAAUGAAGGAGAGCCAGUCUGUAAUGCGUGUGGACUGUACUAUAAGCUGCAUGGAGUGAACCGCCCUCUAGCGAUGAAAAAAGAUGGCAUUCAAACCCGGAAGAGGAAACCGAAGAGCCUGUCGAAAUCAAAGACGCCAACAAAGCAAGAACCAGCCGAUAUUAAACCAUCUACAUCACCGCCAGUUGCAACACUUCAAGCCGCUCACGGCGGACACACGGCACAUGCGCAGACCGGACUUCUGCAUUCAUCGUCGAUGACGUCAUCACCCAUGACGUCAUCACUGAGUCACCCACUCAACCUUACCUCAGGUCACGACGUAGUCAGUCUAAGUAACUCCAACCAAACGGUCUUCCCUAGUCCUCCCACGACAACCAAGUCUUCUGCGCAUGGCGGAAGUGAACAUGAAAACGGCGGGCUUUCGCUGAUGCAGCAGGCGUCGGAACAGGCCUCUCACGCCGUGACUGUGGGGACGAAUUGACGUUCUGCCGCUCACAUUCCACUGUGUUAUUGAUACUGGUGCCGUGUUCACGUUUGCUCACGUUCCUUGCGUGAUUAUAUUUUAUUCACUGCAGGCCUGUUUUUUGGUGCAAAGCUCUCAUACUGCUUCUUCUUCCAGAGAAGCACACUUUUAUGAGUACUUAGUCAACGGCUCUUUUUUAUUGCUUAAGACGAUGCUAUACCACGAACUUGAUCUUUUGUAGAGCGAAACUGUUUUUUAAAGAAUAUUCUUUUUCAAGUGUUCUAGUCAAAACAAUGCCAGCUAGGUUUCAGACUUGCCAUUUUGUUACGAAAGUUCUUGCCAAGGACAUAAGUGCCAAAAUCCACAUAGAACUGAGUCGAGUGGAAACAUGCCAUAGAAUUUACAUAUGAAAAGCGGUUCUGCCUUGAAGCCAUAAUACCGCAAAUAUUUUGGACACAUUUUGAGUUGCGCAUGCGCAUACUAACUGUGUAAUAUUUACAGCACUCUUGCUUGCCAAAAGAAUUUUUAUACACAAAGUAAUCACACUCUAAAUUUAAGUUUUAAUAGUUAGCAAAAAAGAGCACAAACCGCCAGGACAGAGUUCGACCAAAUGCUUGAAACGCGUUGGACUUAUGGAAUAUAUAUAUAUAUA